CCCCCCCACACAACUUCCCUUGAUAACAAACCAGAAACUGAAACUAAAACAGGCUCAAGUUCAGAGAUGAGUCACUUCUCAAAGUGACUGAAGUAGCUGAGAAGUGGCAACAGAGAGGCAGAAGAGAAUCCAGGGCACUGAAACAGACAGGAGAGCAGGACUUUCUGAGGGUUACCAAGGAGCAUGGCAUGCAGCCUAGAGGUGGUGGCUAUGGACUGCGAGAUGGUAGGGCUAGGUCCUCAAAGGGUGAGUGGCCUUGCCCGCUGCAGCAUCGUGAAUUUCUAUGGCACAAUCCUGUAUGACAAAUACAUCCGGCCUGAGGGAGAGAUCACGGAUUAUAGAACCCGAGUCAGCGGGAUCAUGCCUCAGCACAUGGUGAGGGCUACACCAUUUGGCGAAGCCAGGCUGGAGAUCCUGCAGCUUCUGAAAGGCAAGCUGGUGGUGGGCCACGACCUGAAGCACGAUUUCGAUGCAUUAAAGGAGGACAUGAGCAAAUACACCAUCUAUGACACAUUCACAGACAAGCUGCUGUGGCAUGAGGCCAGGCUGGGCCACUACAAGCGUGUAUCCCUGCGGGUGCUAGCUGAGCGCCUGCUGCACAAGAGAAUCCAGAACAACUGGCAGGGCCACAGCUCUGUGGAAGAUGCCAGGGCCACAAUGGAGCUCUACAAAAUCUCUCAGCAACUCAGAGCCAGAGUGCAGCAGCAAGGGCUGUCCUGCCUCGGGGCAUGGAACUGAACUUCAUCCUUGUCAAAGGAUCAGAGGCUUACACUCCAAAAAGACAAGACCUCUUCCUGACGUCAACCACAAAACCCAUACCAAGACUGCUCCCCCAUUACAGCAAUUCUUUUGCUUUAGGGGGAAAAACCUUUAGUAAUAAAUGGCUCUGAUUUUGUCUAAUCA